UGAAUAGGUAAUGUCCGGUUUUAUGCACGUUAAUAUUGACAAAAAAUAUGGAACGUUGAACAGGGAGUGGUGGGAUGUCACUUUGGCACCGAAUGUAUUAUUGACAUCUUCCUGGUAUAAACCAUAAAGGAAAGAAAUGGAAAAGUCUGAUUCAGUCAGCAGUCUAUCAGCAUCCGACACUUCCAUGAAUUAUGCAAGCGAUGAACAUUCGGGGAGUCUCAUCAAUAACUUUGAAUCAUUCCGGACAGAGGGAGGAUACAGUGACGUUACAAUCCGCGUGGAUGGGCAGGAGUUUCCAUGUCACCGUGUCAUUCUGGCAGCAGGUUCCACAUACUUCAAAUGUAUGUUCUCAUCAGGCAUGGAGGAAUCUUUCAAAAACACGAUAGAUUUAAAACAAAUAGAUGCACAUGUGUUUGAAAACCUCUUACACUUUAUCUACACUGGUCGGGUACAGAUUACAAUAGGCAUCGUGGAGGAGCUGUUUCGCCAAGCUUACCUAUUUCAGGUCACUCCCCUUGUUGACCUCUGUCUCAAGUUUUUCAAAGAGAACAUGAAUGAGAUAAACUGCUUGGCAGCUUUGACCUUGGGCGAUAGUCACGCUCACCAGCCGCUGUACCAGUUUGCCAAGGAGUACGCCUGUCACCAUUUUCAGAGCAUCAGACAAGACGAGGAUUUCACCAAGCUCUCCAUGGAGUGUGUGGUAGAUCUGCUCAGCGACAGACGACUACAGUGUACCUCGGAGGAUGAAGUGUUCGAAAGCGCAAUAAAAUGGCUCGAUUAUGAUCAGGACAAUGAACAAAGAAAAUCUCUCCGUUAUAGAAUACUGGAGUGCAUCAAAUUCCCAUUACUCACCCAAAUUUUUCUCAUAGAUGUGGUUGCUAAGUCAUCUCAUGUUAAACAGGAUGAGAGAGGGAUGGAGCUAUAUAAUUAUGCCAUAACAUACCAUAAUGUCUAUUCCAGACGAAAUAUGCUUCCUUCCUUCCAGAUCACUCCCCGAUUAUCCUGCCCUGUAUACGAAACCGCUGUCCUCCUGGGUGGCCGCUUGAGUGAUGGACUGAGCAAUGAAGUGGAAAGCUACAACGUCGAUACCAAACAAUUCACCACACUGAAACAACUUCCGUUCAAAAAGAGGAACGAGUUUGCUGUCUGUGCGUUCGCUGAUAACAUUUACGUAUCUGGCGGCCUGCGUAGCCAGGAGUUCUGGAAAUAUGAUGGUGUGUUUGAAACCUGGACUCGUGGUUCCAACAUGAUGCAUGCCAGGAGACGACACGCCAUGACUGUGGUGGAUGACUGUAUUUAUGUGCUUGGUGGCUUUGACGAGUAUAAUGUGCUUGGUUCCAUUGAAAUGUGGAAGAGUCUGAACAACUGCUGGUCUGAGGUUGGCUGCCUUGUUCAUCCUGUAGAGAACAUGGGCUAUGUGUCGUACAACAAGAAAAUCUAUCUGUUUGGUGGUAAAAACUCAGAGGAAAUUGUCACAGAUGUGGUUCAGUGUUUUGACACCACUACAAACACAACAACUUUACUGACCCGCACACUGCCAGCAAGUGACAUGUGCCUGAAUGGGGCCAUCUUGAAUAGCCAGAUUUAUGUGGUCGGGCUAGAGGGCUCCUUUAGAUAUACACCAGAUUCUGACACCUGGGAUGUGUUGCCAGAUUUGAGCUGUGCAAGAGACUUUGUCAGUUUAGCAGUUCUAGAUGAGAAGUUGUACGCAUUUGGAGGGAGAAGACGCGGGGCGAAAGACAACUUGUAUACCGACAUCAUCGAGUGUUUUGACCCCGAGAAGAGCUCAUGGGAGAUCUGUGGGAACACCCCCAUCCCUAUGUACUCCUACGGCUGUGUGCGCAUCAUGCUGCACAAGAAAAUAGAGCCGGAUGUUAAUACAUGUAGUGGCAUCAGUCAGGUCGUACCACAUCCUAUACAAAACUGAACAAAAUCACACGUGUACAACUUUCAAUAAGAACAAGUUAUUCCAUUCAUUGGAAAAGUCAGAUUCAUUAUAGAUAAAUAGAGUUGUAAGAAACUAACUUGUUCAUGGCCCGGUACAUGUAUCCGUUAAUGCAUGACUGGUUCUGGAAACAAUUAUAUGAAGUCUUUAGAAGAUGUUGAGAACAAAGACCUUAAUUUCACAACAUACAGUAUAUAUAUGGUUGUGAAGAAAAAAUAAUUUAACAACGCAUUUUAAUAUAUCAAAAUCCUAUAAGGAUUCAGAAAAUAUUUAGGGAUCACGCAAUCUCAAUAGACUUAUCAAAGAUGUGAUUAAGGAUGGCUUGGGUGGGUAAACAUUUUCAUUCCUAAAAUAUCUUUAAAAGACUCAUUCAAUAUUAGAGACAUUAAAAGAUUUUUUUUUAAAAACAAAAUCGAAAUAUUAUUAACUUAUCCAUAUAUCUAUAAUUAGCAUUUCUUCUACCUGAUGCAGAGGAAGUCAUUUCAGGCUAAAUUUGCACCAGAGGAUUAACAAAGUGUUUUAUUUAGACCCUAAACCCUCAAAGACAUUUGUACUACCAGUAUAUACGGAUGUCUUUAAAGUCUUUUUGUUAUCUGAUGUAUGGAAUAAUACAUUGCAUUUUAUUAAUAUCAAAACCUUUUACAUGUAUAUAUGUUAAAAAAAUAACUUUAAUAUGGUCAAAAUUCUGGGAUAAGCAACUGAAUUUUUAUAAAUUAUCCUAUUUGGAUGCUUAAGCGUUUGGUAUUAACAUAUAUAUCAUGUCAUUUUCAUGACUUUGUAUACAAUUCAUUUCUUGAAUGCUUUGGUGAUUUGAGUGACCAUUAUACCAUUUAUAAUGAUUUGUGUAAUAUCCUUUAAGAACUCUUUAUAAUUAUUCAGCAUUACUAUUUAGCAAGAUGUAUUUGUACUUUUGUAAAGAUGGAUGUAAAUUUCCUUACAAUGAUAUCAUGAUAGCUAGUCAGUCACUGAAGCAUUUGUUUAUAAGCAGAGUCACGUGGAGAUGUGUCUAUAUAUUUGUUUAUAAGCAGAGUCACGUGGAGAUGUAUCUAUAUACUUUGUUUAUAAGCAGAGUCACGUGGAGAUGUAUCUAUAUACUUUGUUUAUAAGCAGAGUCACGUGGAGAUGUGUCUAUAUAUUUGUUUAUAAGCAGAGUCACUUGGAGAUGUGUCUAUAUAUUUGUUUCGUUUUGUUUACAUUGCCGGCAUAAUAUCUUGUCGGCAACAAAAUUAUACCUUGUUAGACUUGUUAGUAGUGGUGUAAGCAAUAAGGUCAGCAGAUAGUCUAUUCCUAGUUAUUCUGCAAUGUGUUCUUUUGAAUGUCUCUGAUUAUGCAUGUAUUCAUAAUUCAACUGUGUUGUGACUAAACCAUUGACUGAUGUUACCUUUUUAUGUGUUCAUAGUAAAGAAUUAAUAAU